AACUGAUGGGGCAGGUGCUAUGUCUGGAAUUCAUAAUGAAUUAAUUGCCAGAGUUAGGUAAUUUGCUCCCUUAGUUCAAUAAACACAUUGUAGCAUACAUAAAGAGGCUCUUGCAGUUAAAAGUUUGGACGAGUGUCUUAAAAAAACUCUUGAUGAUGCAGUUAAAAUCUUUAACUUUAUUAAAGCAAGGCCUAAAAAUUCCAAACUGUUUGGUGUUUUGUGUGAUGAAAUGGGAAGUGAACACAAACAGCUUCUACUUCACUGUGAAGUUCGUUGGCUGUCAAGAGGUAAAGUUUUAUCAAGAUUGUUUUUGCUUCGUGAUGAACUUAGGGUUUUCCUUAUAGAAGGGGACUAUGAUGGAAAACUUGCAAGUUCUUACAUAAAAUUGGUGACCGAUAAAAACUGGUUGAAACGGUUGGUGUAUUUGGCGGAUAUUUUUGGUGCCCUCAACGUUCUUAAUUUAAUUCUGCAAGACAAAGACAUUCAUAAGUUUUUAGUGCAAGACAAAGUUAAUGCAAUGAUAAUCAAGCUUCAACGAUGUGCUCUGAAAGUAGAACAAGAUUCCUUCGAUGCAUUCCAGUCCUACAUGAUUUUCUUGAAACUAACGAAGUUAAAAUUGAAAAAUCAAUAGCUACAACUAUACAAGAUCACCUCAAAUCUUUAGAUUCCAACCUCAGAAACUACUUCCCUAAAAUUGAUGAAGAAAUCCAAUGGAUCAGAAAUCCCUUUGAAGAAGAUUACUUGAAAAAAUUGAAAAUUUCAGCAACUGAAGAAGAUUCGUUGAUUUAAAUGUCAUGUGAUCAGGCUUUAAAAUUGCAUUUUAAAGUACACAAUUAGUGCCAUUCU